AUGUUUAUUUUAUUGCAUCUUUUUCUUUAAUGUCUCGGAUAAACCUAAACCUUUUUGAAUUUAGAAAUAGGGAUACAUCUAUUAUAAACAUUUCAAACAGGCCCAAAACCAAACAACAAAAUAGUAGUAAAAUUAGAAUAGGAAAUUUUCGAUUCAACAUAACUAUUGAUUUGUGAUUCAGAAAUUACUCUUCUAAAAGAAAACUGUGUUUACGAUGUAAAUUCUUUUGAUCUGAAAAGAAAUACGUAAAUCAUAUAGCUAGUACAUGGUUUCAAAGUAGAAAAGUACCAAAUGCAGUUAUUAUCUAUGAAAUAAUUUAACGAGUUCCCAUAAGUAAUAGGAACCUACUCUAAAUCAAUUUCAAACUUCUCCAUAACAAUAACUACACUGGAUAUAUCCGAAUGCGCCUCGUAUUUAAAACAUAUAAAAUUUUAGGUUAUGCUAAAAUGACGGAAUCUGUAAAGACGGAAUGUGUGAAUGUAUGCAAGGAUAUUUUGGUGCAGAUUGUAGUAUUGUUGCUCUUGAUAUCACUCAAGAAUCUCAAUAUCAUAAGAAUGGAUUUUACUAUUUUAAUAUAAAGGGAUGUGACUAAAAUUCCUGUUCUCUAAAUAUAAAUUUUACUCAUGUGGGCUAAUAUAGACAAACUUGUUAUGCUGAAGAUUGGUAUUUAUUAUAGUAAAAUAUGAUUGAAAAAAGAGAGAUAAAAAUUUCAGAUGUCCAGUCAUGUUUAUCAAAAAUAAAUAAUUAAAAUUUGAGUCCUGAACAAUUUUCUUACUAUAUUUUUUAUUUUGAAACAGAAUGUGAAAAUUCAUAAGGAUCAAACAUUUAGAAUACUAAAAUUAUCUUAAUAAUUGUUGUAACAACUGUUGGAGGAUCCAUAAGUUUAUGUUGUUGUAUCAUUUGCUAUUACUACUUUUUUAGAAGGCAGAAAGAGGAACAUUAGAUACUUCCUACAAUCUCAUUAUAUCCAAAAACUGACAUAUAAAGGUACUUACCUAAACAACCAUAUAAAACAAUAUUAAAUUAAUAUCCAGGUUUGGCAAAUACAGAUGAAUGUCUGA